AUGAAAGGGCUGGCGAUGAUUUCAAAGGAGAGUGAGGAUCUGAAGGAUCUGAAGGAUAAGGUCCAAUCAAACGACGUCGCCCAUCUCCUCCUCUUAAACCGUAAAAACACAGGUGUAGAGCCUGCCUUAUUCGCAGCUGAGCUGGAAAAGUUUAGACCGUACCAGCAAAGCCUCGCAUCGACCGUCUAUCACCAAGAGGUUGCCCUUUCAUAG